AUGGGUGUUGUAACUUUUGAGAGGAAAAUUACUACUUCAAUCACCCCAGCCAGGAUUUUCAAGGUUCUUGUCCUGGAAGCUGACGAUGCCAUCCCUAAGAUUCUGCCUCAGGUCGUUAAGAGUGUGGAGAUCCUGGAAGGAGAUGGAGGGCCUGGAACGAUCAAGAAGACUAACUUUGCAGAAGGUAGCGAAUCCAAGUUUAUUAAGACCAAAAUUGAAGUAAUGGACAAAGAUAAUUUGACGCAUUGCUAUAGUGUAAUUGGAGGCGAUCAAUGGAAUGAUGUGCUUGAGAAAAUUUCGUAUGAGACCAUAGUAGUGGCUGCUCCUGAUGGAGGAUCUAUUAUCAAAACUAGCAGCAAGUACUACCCCAAAGAAAAUUAUGAAAUCAUUCAAGACCAAGUCAAGGCCGGAGCACAGAAGGCAUUGGAAUUUUUUAAGGCCGUUGAAGCCUAUCUCUUGGCUAAUCCUGAUGCCUUUAAUUGA